CGCAAAUUUAAAAUGAAUCUGUGGCAGGCUAUUUAAAACCUAAACCUAUUUAAAACCUUAGCAAGGUACAGGAAGAUACAAAAGGAUAGAACAGUAGGCUUCCUUCCUUGGGUUGUGCUAGUUUUGUAUACAUAUAUCCCUAGCUCUUGUUUUCUUUCUGCAGUAUUUAUUGGCAGCAGCAGCAGCAGAAGAAGAAGAGGAGCUGAGCAUAGUUGAACAAAAUGGGGAACGAAAUCACUGAGAACCUAUUAACAAAUGGCAAAGGACCAGAAGAAGAAGAGAAACUCAAGGACAAGUUAUGGGUUGAGGCAAAGAAAAUGUGGGUGGUCGCCGGCCCGGCUAUAUUCACAAGGUUUUCGAAUUUCGGAACUCAGGUCAUCGGACAGGCAUUUAUGGGGCACAUUGGGUCGACAGAGCUUGCUGCCUAUGCUCUUGUUACAACUGUCAUCGUCAGGUUUUCUAAUGGCAUCCUGCUGGGAAUGGCUAGUGCAUUAGAGACUCUGUGUGGGCAAGCAUACGGUGCAAACCAAUACCACAUGCUUGGUGUAUAUCUUCAAAGAUCAUGGAUUGUCUUGUCCAUAACCUCCCUUUUCCUACUCCCCUUAUUCUUGUUUACGACCCCGAUUUUGGAAGCUCUAGGCCAAGAUGCAGUUAUUGCGGAAGUGGCCGGAACAAUCUCUCUCUGGUUAAUCCCCGCGAUUUUCUCCUUCAUUCCAUGCUUCACCUGCCAAAUGUUCCUGCAGGCACAAAGCAAGAACAAACUUAUCACGUACUUGGCAGCAUUUGCGCUUGCGCUCCAGCUAUUCCUCUCGUGGCUGUUGGUGGUGAGGUACAAGCUUGGAAUUCCUGGGGUAAUGGUAUCUUUAAUUGUGGCGUAUUGGCUUCCGAACGUCGGCCAGCUUGCUUUCAUUAUGUGUGGAGGGUGCCGAGAAACAUGGAAGGGUUUCUCGUCGUUGGCUUUCAAGGAUCUAUGGCCAGUCAUCAAGCUCUCUCUAUCAUCGGGUGUCAUGCUUUGUCUCGAACUCUGGUACAACACGGUACUGAUUCUUCUAACAGGAAACAUGGCGAACGCUGAGGUUGCCAUAGAUGCUCUCUCUAUUUGCCUCAAUAUUAAUGGCUGGGAAAUGAUGAUAUCUCUUGGUUUCUUGGCUGCAGCUAGCGUACGGGUCUCGAAUGAGCUUGGAAGAAGGAGCUCAAAAGCUGCGAAAUUCGCAAUUGUGAAUACAGUGCUAACAUCAUUUCUCAUCGGAGUCGUGUUGUUUGUAUUGUGCCUGAUCUUUCGGGGGAGCAUAGCUUACAUAUUCACAGAGAACACUGAGGUGGUUGCUGCAGUCGAAAGUUUAUCAGAUCUUUUGGCCUGGUCCAUUCUUUUGAACAGUGUUCAACCAGUCCUUUCUGGCGUUGCUGUUGGAGCUGGCUGGCAGAGCAUUGUGGCUUUUGUUAACCUCGGAAGCUAUUACCUAUUAGGGGUUCCUGUGGGAGCAGUACUCGGUUACGUAUUCGAUUUCCAAGUCAAAGGAGUGUGGAUUGGAAUGCUGCUCGGGACAUUCGUUCAAACUGUUGUGCUCCUCAUAAUCACUUGCAAAACUGAUUGGGAUAAACAGGUAUCCAUUGCCCAGGAACGAGUUAACAAGUGGGUUGUGGAACCUGAACCACCCAGUGUUAAUCAGGAAAAUGUUUGAGAUGAUAUUUUAAAGGAAAAUUUUAAAAUCAGCCCAAUUGGCUGACAAUAAUAAGUGUGUGAAUGUGCAUUAAAUGGUGUAAAAAGUACACAAAAUAUGUAUUUUCAGGUUUUUCAAGACAAGUGCGAGUGGAUCAAGUCCUUAGGAGCACUUUGGCCCAAACUAUUUGUUUUGAUAUUUUUGUUAGUUUUUCAGAAUUUUUCUUAGAUUCAUGUCAAAUUUAUUGGCAAAUAUAUUUCACUUUCUGAGAUGGAUUUUUCUGAAGU